UGGCCCAGAUGAUGAUGACGACGAUCACAGUGACCCAGAUAGCGACGAUCACAGUGGCCCAGGUGAUGAUAAUGAUCACAGUGACCCAGAUGAUGAUAAUGAUCACAGUGGCCCAGGUGAUGACGAUGAUCACAGUGACCCAGAUGAUGAUAAUGAUCACAGUGGCCCAGGUGAUGACGAUGAUCACAGUGACCCAGAUGAUGAUAAUGAUCACAGUGACCCAGAUGAUGAUAAUGAUCACAGUGACCCAGGUGAUGAUGACGACAAUCACAGUGGCCCAGGUGAUGACGACGACAAUCACAGUGACUCAGGUGAUGACGACGACGAUCACAGUGGCCCAGAUAACGACGAUCACAGUGGCCCAGAUGAUAAUGACGACAAUCACAGUGGACCAGAUGAUGAUGGCGACAAUCACAAUGGCCCAGAUGAUAAUGACGACAAUCACAGUGACCCAGAUGAUGAUGACGACUAUCACAGUGGCCCAGGUGAUGAUAACAAUCCCAGUGGCCCAGGUGAUGAUAACAAUCCCAGUGACCCAGGUGAUGAUAACAAUCACAGUGGCUCAGAUGAUGAUGACGACGACAAUCGCAGUGGCCCAGAUUAUAAUGACGACAAUCACAGUGACCCAGAUGAUGACGACGACAAUCGCAGUGGCCCAGAUUAUAAUGACGACAAUCACAGUGACCCAGAUGAUGAUGACGACAAUCGCAGUGGCCCAGAUGAUGAUGACAACAAUCACAGUGGCCCAGAUUAUAAUGACGACAAUCACAGUGACCCAGAUGAUGAUGACGACAAACACAGUGGCCCAGAUGAUAAUCACAGUGGUCCAGAUGAUGAUUACAAUGAUCACAGUGACCCAGAUGAUGAUGACAACGAUCACAGUGGCCCAGAUGAUGAUGACGAUCACAAUGACCCAGAUGAUGGUAAGUACAGUGGCUCCAUAUAA